AGAUCAAGUGGGAUGUCGCGCCACCGAGUACGGGCCGCGCCGCGGCGGGGGCAGCCACUUCGGCAGCCGUCCCUUCUGCAAACGACCUCGAGACGGAGGACGCGUCACCUUCUGCACCGAAUGGCUCUGCGUCCUGAGUCGAUCAUCACCCUCUCCCAUGUUAUGUCUGGCGUCGAUAUUGCUAUGUACCUGUCUAUACUUUCCCCCGCAUAUUCCAAGGCUCUUCGCAUGUAAGUCAACAAACAUCAUUGAACGCACCAAAGCCGCUCCCACGAGCUAUACAGUUCUGAUCCUCCUCAAGCACCUUGCGAGGGUGUCUGCUGCAUCGCCUCCGCUCCCUUCGGUCUUGCCCCCUGCCACAGACUUGACGGUGAGUGCGAACAGCCAGUUCCGUGUCGUCUGCAGUCAAGGAACAGUAGCCCACCUCAUGCUCGCUGGCGGAGACCCGAUGCGCAGAGUUGCUUCGUUGCGCGAUAGGUGGUGGAGUCAGGCUCGGAGUGUAGCUGUACUACUCAUCUGCGUUCCCCAUCACCGACAGUCAUAGCAAGCCGUAACAAGUAACACUGCAACAAUGACACUUGGCUGGAUAGAACCGGUGCUCCUGGAGACCCGACAUUCGGCCACUUACAGCGAAUGACUCACGGUGGCGCAC